GGAACGUACGGAAACCACACAAGUUUUUCCGACCUCCGAUCACACAGUUCUCAUCGAAUACAGUCCGCUGUGUCCGACUCCAAUUGCCUUCUGAUAUCCGCGUUUACUUUUGCGCACCGUCUCGGACUAGUAUUAAUUAGUCCUAUAAAUUGGUGACCCCGAUUCGCACGCGCGAAUUCAACAUUUUUUCUCGUUUGCAUUUUUUGUCCCAUCGGUCUCCAACGACCCUGGACACGGAGUCCCUCGGAACCCUUGAUCGGAUGUAUACUACAGGCACCAAGUUACUCUAGCGUACCCAACCCAUCCGCCCUGCAUAUUGGCACUACCUGAAAUAGAUGGAUGAUGGACGUCGGAAACUGUUGCGCUCAAUGCGCGUGUAUCUGAUCAAUAAUUUGACACGUUUGGAAGAAGUGCUUGACAUAUUGGAGGCAGAUCACAUCAUUUCCGAAGACCAGCGCCGUCGGAUUCUUUGUUCAUCAAUUCCCAAGGAUCAAGUUCGAAACUUCCUAGAUAUUAUAGUCCGCUGCGGACCUCGUGCUUUCAACAGUUUCCAGUGCGCCUUGGAAGAAACCAAACAAGAAAGCAUUCUGGACGCAAUUAGGACCGAGUCCUUCAAAUUGGUUCCAGAAUCCGUCUCGCCCUCCGUUUCUGCACAUGUGUCGUCAUCCAGUAACAAUCAGGGUAUUACGAGUACAACGCCUGAAAUAGCAGCUUUUCCAACCCUCCAGCCUUUCGAGCCAUAUACUGUUACAUCUGUACCACAUGGAUAUAUCCUGAUUAUCAACGUUGAAAACUACACAAUCGCAGCAGGUGUUUCGAAUCGCCUCGGAUCUGGAGAGGAUGUAAAGAAAUUACGUGGUCUUUUCGAGGAAUUUUGUUAUGGCGUCAUUGUAUUGCAAGAUCCGUCUGGCCGCCAGGUUGAAGAUGCUGUGAGGACUUUCGCGCAGAAGCCUGAACAUAUGACCGCAGAUGCUGGGGGUCUGGUCGUACUCGCUCAUGGUAUGGAGCACCAUAUUAUAGCGAGUGAUGCGUCUCUAGUGAAAAUUGAUGAUUUAGCAUCGUGUUUCACCAACACAAGUUGUCCCGGACUGCGCGGAAAACCGAAAUUGUUGAUCUUCCAAGCAUGCCGCGGUGUAAACAUCGACCAUGGCAUCCAUUUAACUCCCACCAACCAAGCUAUUGGUUUGACCACAGUGGUGGACCAUUCGCUGGAUCCGGCUUCCUGGCUAGCUUUACCUCACAUGAGUGAUUGUGUGAUAGUCUAUUCCACUCUACCAGGAUUUGUAUCUUGGCGAUCGGAGACAGGUGGGAGUUUGUACAUAUCUACAUUUGUGGACGUUUUUCGUCUACAUGGUCACCGCUGUCACGUUAUGGACUUGCUGGCUGAAGUGAAUAACCGAUUAGUCCAGGAAGCACCCGAACUGAAUUUGCAUCAAAUCUCCCAGCCUGUACAUACCUUACGAAAACCAUUUUAUCUUUCAACAAAGAAACAAUCAAACAAUUCUCAGUCCUGAUUCGUAGGAUUUCAUAAUUUAAUUAUUUUCCUUUUGCGUUUUAUACCAAGCCAAAGUUAGUGCUGACUUGACUCAAUCGAAC